GGCUUUCCCAACGACGUUAAAUUGGAGUCGCAACACAAUGACGUCAGUUCUCGCCGGCUUGCCGGACCAACUCCAGGGCUCCGCCUGUCGCUCUCUGUCGCGCGCGCGCACUACGUCCCUAAGGCAUGCGCGAGGCGGUGGCUGAGCGCCGCCAUUUUGGCCGGUGGCCGUAGGAACACGCCGUGUGGGUGAGAAGUGAAAGGAAGAACUGAUUUGGCUUCUGAGCUCCCCUCCGCGAGGGGAUCGUUUUCUCCAGAAGAGUUGGAUAUUCUUACUUUCUUAGAAUUAUGGCGGAUAAAUUAACAAGAAUUGCUAUUGUCAACCAUGACAAAUGUAAACCUAAGAAAUGUCGGCAGGAGUGCAAAAAGAGUUGCCCUGUGGUUCGAAUGGGAAAAUUAUGCAUAGAGGUUACACCCCAGAGCAAAAUAGCAUGGAUUUCUGAAACCCUUUGUAUUGGUUGUGGUAUUUGUAUUAAGAAAUGCCCCUUUGGCGCCUUAUCAAUUGUCAAUUUACCAAGCAACUUGGAAAAAGAAACAACACAUCGGUAUUGUGCCAAUGCCUUCAAACUUCACAGGUUGCCUAUCCCUCGUCCAGGUGAAGUUUUGGGAUUAGUUGGAACUAAUGGAAUUGGAAAGUCAACUGCUUUAAAAAUUUUAGCAGGAAAGCAAAAGCCAAAUCUUGGAAAGUAUGACGAUCCACCUGAUUGGCAAGAAAUUUUGACUUACUUCCGUGGAUCCGAAUUGCAAAAUUACUUUACCAAGAUUCUAGAAGAUGACUUAAAAGCCAUUAUCAAACCUCAGUAUGUAGACCAGAUUCCCAAGGCUGCAAAGGGAACAGUGGGGUCUAUUUUGGACCGAAAGGAUGAAACAAAGACACAAGCAAUUGUAUGUCAACAGCUUGAUUUAACCCAUCUAAAAGAACGAAAUGUUGAAGAUCUUUCAGGAGGAGAGUUGCAGAGAUUUGCUUGUGCUGUCGUUUGCAUACAGAAAGCUGAUAUUUUCAUGUUUGAUGAACCUUCUAGUUACCUAGAUGUCAAGCAGCGUUUAAAGGCUGCUAUCACUAUACGAUCCCUAAUAAAUCCAGAUAGAUAUAUCAUUGUGGUGGAGCAUGAUCUAAGUGUAUUAGACUAUCUCUCUGACUUCAUCUGCUGUUUAUAUGGCGUACCAAGUGCUUAUGGUGUUGUCACUAUGCCUUUUAGUGUAAGAGAAGGCAUAAACAUUUUUUUGGAUGGCUACGUUCCGACAGAAAACUUGAGAUUCAGAGAUGCAUCACUUGUUUUUAAGGUGGCUGAGACAGCAAAUGAAGAAGAAGUUAAAAAGAUGUGUAUGUAUAAAUAUCCUGGAAUGAAGAAAAAGAUGGGAGAGUUUGAGCUAGCAAUUGUAGCUGGAGAGUUUACAGAUUCUGAAAUCAUGGUGAUGUUGGGGGAAAACGGUACUGGUAAAACGACAUUUAUCAGAAUGCUUGCUGGAAGACUUAAGCCUGAUGAAGGAGGAGAAGUGCCAGUUCUAAAUGUCAGUUAUAAGCCACAGAAAAUCAGUCCCAAAUCAACUGGAAGUGUUCGACAGUUGCUACAUGAAAAGAUAAGAGAUGCUUACACUCAUCCACAAUUUGUGACUGAUGUGAUGAAGCCUCUGCAAAUUGAAAAUAUCAUCGAUCAAGAAGUGCAGACGUUAUCUGGUGGUGAACUGCAGCGAGUGGCUUUAGCUCUUUGUUUGGGCAAGCCUGCUGAUGUCUAUUUAAUUGAUGAACCAUCUGCGUAUUUGGAUUCUGAGCAAAGAUUGAUGGCAGCUCGAGUUGUCAAACGUUUCAUACUCCAUGCUAAGAAGACAGCCUUUGUUGUGGAACAUGACUUCAUUAUGGCCACCUAUCUAGCAGAUCGAGUCAUCGUUUUUGAUGGCAUUCCAUCUAAGAACACAGUCGCAAACAGUCCUCAAACCCUUUUGGCUGGCAUGAAUAAAUUUUUGUCUCAGCUUGAAAUUACAUUCAGAAGAGAUCCAAACAACUAUAGGCCAAGAAUAAACAAACUCAAUUCAAUUAAGGAUGUAGAACAAAAGAAGAGUGGAAACUACUUUUUCUUGGAUGACUAGACUGAAUGAGAAUAUUGAAAAGCCAUUUCUUAAAAGAAACAUUUAUUGGGAUUUUUGUCAUAUAAAACUUUAAUCAGGUUUUAUGCCCCACAUACUCUGGAGCUUGAAGUAUAAUUUACUUAAUGUAACAUCAAAAGCCAGUUGUGUUGUAAAUUAUAGUCUAAACACAGAAAAUGCACUUUUCUGUUCUUGAUAAGGCCCUUUUUGUGUCUAACAUUCUAAAGUGAAGACAUUUCAAGCUACACAAAUUACCUCCAAGUUUUCAUGAUGUAUGGGAAGAUUUUCAGUAGGUGUUAUCAUAUUCAUGUACCAAAUGCUGACCAGUGUUACCCCCUUUUAAAAAUCUUGAAAAAGCUUUCUGUACUUAGAGUUUGCCAAAUACUCCUCUUAUAAUGAAACUGCCCUUACUUUAAAAGCCGGUCGAAGAAGACUCCACUAAUGAAAUUUGAUAAAUAAACACAUCAGGAUUAUAUUUGUUACUUGUUUUCAGUCUUUGCACUAUGUUUUCAGUGUGUUUAGACUUUCAAAGGAAGAUGAUCUACUACAAAACACCGUUGGAAAAUGGCCAUGUUCCCAACUUAAGCACUGUUUACAAUGUUUUUGGUGCUUUUGAAUAUCUUUGAGUAUCAAAAAUCAUUUCAACACCCUUCCCCCAUCCACCAGAAAAAACCCUAACUUUACUAUGAAUUACUCAGUUUUAGUAUUCCAUAAGAUUCUAUAUAAUACUCAAAGUAAUGUCAUUCUUAACACAAGUAUACAAUCACUGAUCAAGAUUUAGGAAAAGCAUUUUAAAGAAUAUUUGCUUCCUUUAAAAGUAUAGGCUGAAAAUCUUUGGAGUUGAUGCCUAAGCAUCUAUGUAAACUUCCACAGAUUUCUAAUGGGCAGCCAAGGACAGUGAGCCACUUUCCUAAAGGCAACAUUAAUGCAAGCGAGUCCCCAUAUAGCAACGUAAAGUACCUCUUGGUACCAGAUAUAUUCACCUUCACCUCCAUGUUUGGAUGUAGAGGACAUGAUCUAAACCCAUUUG